GUUUUUUGUUUAAACAUUUUAUUUUAUAAAUACUUUAACUAUUUUUGACUGCAUUCGGUAAUAUUAAAUAGAAUAUGAGUGAAGAAAAUUUUGACGCAACGGAAUCCAAGGCAGGAGAACAAAAUGAAAACAAUCCACAUAAGCGAAAGUGGCGUAAAAAACGAAAGAAUUUCUUAUCGAAUGCAAAGAAAUAUGCGAAGAAAGGACAAAUGGGUCGAGGAACACAAAUAUCUGAAGAAUUAUAUCAGUACUUCGUUGGAAUUUUGGAGGCUAUCAAACAAGGGAUAGAGGAUACAGACAAAAAACAGGCUCUAGUCAACAAUGUACUAGAACGAAGUAAAGACGAAGAGUUAAAUAUAAUAGGUAAUCAGUUAGGAUGUCGUGUUAUUGAACUUUUGAUACCGUAUUCAACACCUGAGGACCUGGAACGAUAUAUCGAAGUAGUUAAUACAGACCUUCGUAGGCUAUGUUCUGAUAACUUCUGUGGUUACGUACUCAACAGUAUGCUAACUGUUUGUAGUCACAGAGCAACAGAUCACUUGCAGAUUGAUAAUCAAGAAAUAGAAGAUGAAGUCCCGAAAAAGAAGAGAAAGAAAGAAAAAGGUUGUAAAUAUUCAGAAGAGCAUGUUAAAAAUUGUCAUGAGUUUGUUGUAAAAAUAUCAAAGUAUGUUUUGAACAAUUUAGAAGAUUUCGUUUGGGAACCGAAUACAAAUUAUAUGGUACGAACAGUACUCAAAUGUUUAAGCGGUAUUAACCUAUUACCCGGAGAGAAACCUAAAGUAAAUCUCUUUAAAGAACCAAUAUUACAAAAUAAAGGUAUACCACCUCACCAAAGUGAUGUUAAGUAUAGGAAUGUUCCGAAAGAUUUUACAGAAAUAGUCAAAGAGUUUGGUAACCGUUUAUCACUUUGGCCUCAAUUCAAAGAUUUGCCUUUUGAAAAUAUGACUUCAGCAAUGUUACAAGUACUUUUAUUUGCUCUUAAAAAUGCUGACAAAACGAUAACAAAGCAGAUAAUAAAGAAAUUAUUAAAUGAGAGUUUUGCACCAGAUGACUGGGUACCGGAAGGUGAUGAUGAUAAAAAAGAUGAUGAAAAAGAUAGUAAAGAUGAUAUAAAUGGUGAAGAAAAUGGUGAUAAUACAUCAAGUUCUAAUUUGCCCCCUGUGUUUCAAUCGGAAGCAGCUGUAAGGUUACUAGAGGCAGCGCUGUUUGUAGCUAAAAAGAAAAUGUACACACAAAUAUAUGCUAAAUGCUUCAUUAAUCGUCUCGGUCAGCUGGCCACUGUUAAAACAUUAAACUUUACCGUGCAGAGGCUUAUUGAUAACUGUCAGAUUAAGGAAGAGUUUGAACCGAUGUUUGAUGAACUAUGCCCCAAGUUUGAGGAGAUAAUGUCAUGUGGUAACACAGGCGUGUUGGUGGCAUUAGCUAAAGCCUGCCACAGAUUAAAAAGCAAGCAGUCACAGUUUGUUCAGCAUCUAGAAGCAGUAUUAAAGUGUACAGAGGAUGCAGAUCAGAAGUACUUCUCCGUGUUGUGCCUGCGCUUGCAGCCGUUACACAAAGUGGAUGUCACCCAGUUGUCGGAGGAAUAUUUCAUACAUAUACACGGGUCUAUUAUAUUGCAGACUAUACUGGACUUCCAGAGGCCGACAAAAGCAGUAUCAAGCCUGCUGUCCCUGAGUGGUGAGGAGCUGAUGGUGGUGUUGUCGGACGCUAAGGGCUGUCACGUGGCGGAUGCACUUUGUACCGGACAAUUUGUCGGUGUCAAAUCUAGGGACAAACUUGUUAAGAAACUUAAGGGUUACUAUCAAAAGCUGGCUCUCUCUCAACACGGGUCACGUGCAUUUGAACAGAUCUUCGACGCGUCUUCACCGGAACAACAAGUUGCGAUCAUGACAGAGUUAUCUGACAAGAGCAAUCUUCUGAACGGCUCACAGUACGGCAGAAUUAUUGCUACUAAAUACGAUUUGAAUACAUUUAAACUAUCACAAAAAGCUUGGGAGAAAGCGAGGAAGAAAGCUAAAAAAAUUGAAGAAUAAUUUUUGAAA